GUAACUGUCGCCAAUUCUUUAUAUAUGAGCUUUUCGGCUUCUUAAAGUUGAGGUGGAUGCUUUGUGAUGAAUAGAUAUGUGAUGUCACUGUUAAGAUUCUUCGUGGAAAUCCAGUAGCGAUUGGUAAGAAAAGUGGCGUAGAAACGCUUAAAACAACAACCUCCAUUCGCCAGAUUCCGCGAACAACAACACCACUCCAUUGAGAGACAUAGUGCGCUGAAAAAUAUGGGAAUACCACCCAUGCGCUCACCACUAUACUGUUACUGAGAGUGAAGAACGUUUAGCCGUGCAAUGACCAAUGCUAUACAAAGCCGUGUCACAUACAAAGCCAUGGAAUAAGUAGCUGUAUCAUCCAUCAUGCCGUGCGAUAUCUCGGUUAUAACUGGCGCCAUUGUGGUUGGUAUUGCUCUUAUCGGUUCGGUGGGAAACUUUCUCACGUUAUUCGUAAUAAUCCGUCAUCGUCCGUUACACGAUAUCACGGGAAUGUUUCUCGCUAAUCUUGCUGCGGCCGACCUUUUACAAUCCUCGUUUGGAAUGCCGCUGAUAGCCACAUCAGCUUUCCGCAACUCUUGGAUCUUUGGAGACACCUUGUGCUACAUAAGUGGAGAAACAAACUCUCUCUUCUGUAUCGCCUCCAUGUUAACACUGUCCGCCAUUAGUUUAGAUCGUUGGUUAGUGAUUGUUUAUCCGUUACGUCAUCAAUCGCUUCUCACUUUCCGGAGGGCGAGAAUGGUAUUGAUGUAUAUCUGGGUACAGGCGUUAGUUGUGGCGAUCUUUCCCGUAUUUGGAUGGUCAAGGUAUAUUUAUUUGUCUUACGAGUACAUCUGUACUGUCCAAUGGGAGCACGAUAAACCCUACACGAUUUUCCUCUGCGUGACGUGUUUUGUAACUCCACUGAUCGUGACUGUCAUGUGUUACGCAAGCGUCAUGAAGGUCGCUUGUCACCAGGCCCACGAGAAACCUCCCACGAUGGUUGGCGAGAUCGAGGCCGAGCACAGCUUUAUGGCAACAUAUAACCGAAGCAUUCACAUCCCGGAUGUUGAUGAUCCAGCAAUGACUGAUGAGAAACAAAUGGGAAAUGGGAAAAUGAGACGUGCUGAAUGGGGGCCAGAAAGUGUGGACGAGGAAGCGAAAUCUGCCGCAAACAGCCGCUGCCAUAGUAAUCGAGCGACAAACAGCAACGGAGAUAUGAUUGUGCCGGCCGAGAUAAACAGACAGAAGGAAUAUAACAAGAAAGAAAAGAGAUCAAAAGAAGACUUUUCAACUGUCUUCAAACAGGAAGAAAACGUGUCUGUUCUCAGCGACGAAAAGGCACAAGGGAUCAUGAGUAAAAAGUCGGAUAAGAGCAACCAAGUAGCUUUAGAUAUUGCUCAAAGUUCACCAAACCGUGUAAGAGUAGCGAAUGAAGGAGUGAUCCCACUAGAAAACUCCGCAAAGUUCACAGAAAGGAACAAACAAGCCUGGAAAAUGAAUCUUUCUGUCCUUACAGAGAGAAAUGUUUUCAUCAAUCCCGCGGGUGCGCAGUCCCGAAUACAUCCUACAUAUUCCAGCGAAAGAAGCGGGUGGAUAAGGGAGAAUUCGUUUAAAUCCAAAUUGGGAAUAAUCCCUGAGGAGAACGAAAGAAAGGACUGGGAAGAAAGCGCGAGGCCUCAUGUGAAAGGGGGCAAAAUAUCUCUUGGUCACUUGGCUCAAAUAGCACUGAUAUUUGUGAUUAUAUAUUUAAGUCAAAUUGUUUCUUUGCUCCUUAGGAAAGACAUGAAAGUCGUUCUCACUCUACUUGUUGUCAAUGGGACAUUCAUUCUGUGCUGGCUUCCGCAUUUUAUUGGAAUCACAUGUCUAACUUUUACCAACGGCUUGUGCCCAAUCCACGACAACUUUUUCACUAUCACCACGAUGUUGGCGAUGCUGAACAGCGGUUGCAACCCAUUCAUUUACACUCUGACCUAUCGAAAGUUCAGGAGGGCAUUUAAGAAAGUGUUUCCAUGGUUACGUUCCAGUCGCACCGGGAAUAUAAACAACUCUGCAAAGUAGCAACCUUAUCAAGAAGAAGAAUGGGAUACAGUCAAACCUGUAUUAAGCGGACUCCAUAUUAAGCGGACACCCCCUAUUAAGUGGAAACCAGUUGAAGUCCCAAAAUUUUCUUCCCACAUUUACUGUAAAAUAAACCUGCAUUCAGGGGACACCUCUGUUAAGCGGA